CGGCCUCUUCGGGGCCAAGGGCUCGUCCGGCAAGAGCAAGGCCGAGGGCGCCGGGGGGGCCCGUGAGCCAGGGGCCCAGCCCCCCGAUGGAGGUGACCCCGGGGACCCCGAGCCCCCCGAGGAGGACGCGGAGGCGGCGCAGGCGGAGGCGGCCGAUGGGGACAUGGAUGGCGAGGCCGAGGGUGACACGGUKGUGCUGGCAGGGCAACCCGAGGGGCUCAGCACCCAGGAGAUGCAGGUGGAGAACGAGCUGGAGGAUCUCAUUGAUGAGCUGCUGGAGCGGGACGGCGCCGACGGCAACAGCACCAUCAUUGUGAGCCGCUCAGGCGAGGACGAGUCCCAGGAGGAUGUGCUGAUGGACGAAGCACCCUCCAACCUCAGCCAGGCCUCCACGCUGCAGGCCAACCGUGAAGGGCUGCUGGUGGGCAACGAGGAYGUGCACAUCAUCGCCCGCUCGGAUGAUGAGCUGCUCGAUGACUUCUUCCACGAGCAGGGCAGCGCCGGCAGCCAGGCAGGGACCCUGUCCAGCAUCCCCACGGCCYUGACCCGCUGGACCGAGGAGUGCAAGGUCCUGGACGCCGAGAGCAUGCACGACUGUGUGUCCGUGGUGAAGGUGCCCAUCCUGGCGCGGUUGGAGGCGCUGCGGGACGAGGAGCUGGACGAGCGGCGCGAGAAGCGGCGGCGCCAGGCGGCCGAGGACGAGGCCAAAGGUGAUGUCACCCCCAGCUCCCCCCCUGCCUCAUCCUCGGAGAGUUCGUCCACYCGGGAUUCAGCUGGAGCCAUUUCCGGGUCCGACUCACGGGGCAUCCUGGAGGAGCCGCUGCCGUCCACCAGCAGCGAGGAGGAGGAUCCGCUGGCCGGGAUCAGCCUCCCGGAGGGCGUGGACCCGUCGUUCCUGGCAGCGUUGCCUGAUGACAUCCGGCGGGAGGUGCUGCAGAACCAGCUGGGGAUCCGCCCGCCCGCGCGGGCCCCGCCUGCCGCCAGCCCCGCCCCGCCCGUGGUGGCCAACCCCGGCCUCACCGAGGUCAGCCCCGAGUUCCUGGCGGCGCUGCCCCCGGCCAUCCAGGAGGAGGUGCUGGCGCAGCAGCGGGCGGAGCAGCAGCGGCGGGAGCUGGCUCAGGCCACGGGCUCGGACGCGCCCAUGGACCCGGUGACGUUCAUCCAGACGCUGCCGUCCGAGCUGCGGCGCUCGGUGCUGGAGGACAUGGAGGACUCGGUGCUGGCCGUGAUGCCRCCGGACAUCGCGGCCGAGGCGCAGGCGCUGCGGCGCGAGCAGGAGGCGCGCCAGCGGCAGCUGAUGCACGAGCGCCUCUUCGGCCACUCCAGCACCUCGGCGCUCUCGGCGGCGGGGGGGGGCCUGGAGGCGUCGCCGCUGGGGCAGCUGAUGAACAUGCUGUCGCACGGCGUCAUCCGCCGCAGCCCCCUCCUCACCGAGAAGCUGCUGCGCCUGCUGUCCCUCAUCUCCAUCGCCCUCCCCGAGGGGGGCAAGGCCGGCGAGGGGGGGGCGGCGCCCCAGAACGGAGCCCCCGCCCCCCCCGCGCCCGCCCCGCCCGCCGCGGGGGCCGGGACGGCGACGGGGACGGGGGCGGCGGCGCCCGGGAGCCCCCCGGGACAGGGAGGGAACGGCGGCGGCGGCGCGGGCACGGGAGGAGGAACAGCGGCCACUGCCAAGACCUCCAAGUCCCCGGCCAAGGGUGCCGAGAGUGGCCCCGACCCCCGGCUGGCAGCUACAGGCCUGACCGAGAGCCAGCUCCAGCUCUCCGUGGAGGUGCUGACGUCCCACUCGUGCUCGGAGGAGGGGCUGGAGGACGCRGCCAACGUGCUGCUGCAGCUGUCCCGGGGUGACGCGGGGACAAGGGACACRGUCCUGCGGCUGCUGCUCAGCGGGGCCCGGCAGCUGGGGGGGGCCCUGUGCCGCCAGAUCGGGACGCUGCUGGCCGAGCUGCGCGAGUACAACCUGGAGCAGCAGCGCCGGGCGCAGCUGGAGGCACCGUCCCCUGAGGGGCUCCCCGAGGAGCAGCCCCCCAGCGCCAAGCUCAAGGGCAAGAUGCAGAGCCGGUCAGUGUGGGGUCACUCGGG